AUGACGCAGAUCCCUCUUCCUCCGUCUCUCGCCGGCGUCACGCCAGAGCAAAUGCAAGCGAUGAUCAGCUUCUUCUUUCAGCAUCAGCCUGGAGCCCACAUUCCCUCGUCCGCGACGACCGUCGCACCUGAGCAGCCUUCUACGUCCAACGCUGACCGUGCUGGCGUCGACGCGGAUAUGGACGUGACCGCAGAUGGUAACGCGCCCUCUGCGGAAUCCCUCCCCCCCGCGAAUACGACGCCCCCUCGUCCCAAGGCUGCGGUCCCGGUUCCAAGCACGCCCCGCGUCCGUGGUAACGCAUCCAACUCCUUCGCUGUACCCGAUACCGCGGCAUCUACGCCUUCUUCCAAGAUGGCUCAGCUCACUCUAGAGGGGCGCAUCUUGAUCUUCGAGGAUGCCCCCGUUGCCGAUAACGGUGAUGGCCACGUUCGCGGCAACGUAGGUGGCGAUGAGCCGGAUACGGUUCAAGAUGGGGACGACAGCGAUCCUUACGAAGGCUUCCCCGAGAUCGUGACGAAGGAGUCAGCUGAGCGGGCUCUCGCUCUACACCGGGAUACGCCUGCUGCCGUGACCAAGUCCACCUCUGCGAGACGCAAACGGAACGAGCCUACCACCGCUAGGUGGAUGAAUACCCGACGCACGAGGACCAGCUCCGAGUCCAGCCCACCUCCUGUUCAGAGCAGUCCGAAGAAGAAAGCGAGGGUCGCCUCGCCUUCGGUCAGUCCGGUUCCGACUCGCACUUACAAGACGCCCUUGACGACCAAGGGGGGCAUCGCGUCGCCUUUCGAGUCCCCCGACCAAACAGAUGAGUCCGAUGUUAAGGCUCUAGAGCGUAUAUUACGGUCCAUGCGUCGGGGGGAGAAAAUACCUGCCGUCGAGGACCUUCUCAAGGAGGUACGCGUGUCUGCCUUCCUCGACACCGAGGCCGCCUGCUCAGACGAGGAGGACGAGGAGGAUGGCGAUGGCAACCUCAAGGACUUUGUCGUCAACGACGACGUUGUUGAGUACGACGAAGACGCUCCGGUCUUGCCUGAUGAAGAGGAUACGCGCCCGAGAAGGUUGUUCAAACGCGGUGGACAUGGCGAUCGCGCGCCCGUGAGCGACAAGUCCGCGAAGACCGAUGACUUUUCCGACAUCGAGAUCGUCCCUACGCUUGACAAGGGCAAGGGUCGUGCUCCUCCCCCGCCACCUUCUCCUCCACCUGUACCUGUCGCAGGUCCUUCGGGUGCGCAUGCCCCUGCGACGCGAGCAGCAGAAGAUGCCGAUGUCUCCGUCCCCGAUGGACACUCCACUGCUGUCACGAAUACCGCGUGGCAGACUGCGAAGAUCCCUCUGGCAGAUGCCAUUAGCGGCCUACACCCAGGGUCUACCGCUGUCGAUUCGAGCUCCCCUGUCCACUCCUGGACACCGUUCGCGUGCGACACGUUGGCGCGCAUGGGAUACUCCGAGAACACGUUCAACGUGCCCGGCGAUUGCGCGCUGAUAUUGUCCGACUACAAGGACGAAGGUUGGGGCACACCCUCCGUCGAUAUCGUCGCUGCUGCAGAGACUCAUGUACACGUCGGCAAUCUUCUUCGCGGCAUGCAGUUUCGCCGGCAUGGACCGUACAUCAACGAGUCCCAGGUUGAUCCAGAAGAGCUCGAGGCGGUCGACGUGUCUCCUCCCUCGGGCACAACGCGAUACAAGAUCGUCAUCAAGGAGACACGGGCCCCCGCAGUGUCCAUCACCCCCUGCAUCGUCAGGUACUGGCGUCUCGACAACCCAACAGCAGGACCGCACCCCGUCUACUAUAUUUGCGUCACACCCUUCGAGGGGUGCUUCGACCGCGCCGUCGCCCUGGAGUGCAUGAAGUUUGGCCAGCGCGAGUUGUACUGCAUCGCGUUCAACAACGCCAUCAGGAUGUCGACGCUGCCCUCCUUUGAUCGACCGUCAGGUGGUCCGACUAGCGGCAAGGUCAAGCCCAGCUCCUCCAUCCGCCGGGGCAAGAACGCAGCGCAACCGCCUCGUUGCGGUUCAAACUUUGAACUAUCCACGAACGACAGCAUGACUAUCCUCGACGCACGCUCGGUGCCUCUGCCGCGCGAUAUGUCUACCUGGCAUACGAGCUUGCCCGUCUACGAGGGCGUACCACCUAAAGACGCUGUCGCCCUCGUCGCGCAUACGACUAACAUCAGCCCAAUGCCAGUUGCAUUCGGCUUCAUCGUUCUUCGUCGCAGUAUCAUUAAAAGCGGUGCACAGUGGCGUGCGGCGGUAGUCGACCGCGAGAUUUCUCCUUAUACGGACAUAUCUCCGACAGGAAAUGGCUCGUUCCCGACAGAGAUGAAGCGCCAUCUAUACGUGUAUACGACGCUCGUGUCGUGCUUCGUCGUGGUUGCCCUCGUUGUCACGUUCUGCGCCGGCGAAUCAUCUGCUCGCGUACCCACCAGUCAGAAAUUGAAGUCCCUCCUGGUCCGACGCCCUCAGCUCGUCCUCGACUUCGAUCGAUCCGAACUACCAUGUACCCUACACUCGAAGGCCCCCUUCGGGGGUGUCUCAAAUACGACCCUCCUGCCUCAGCAUCGCCACAGCGAACCGACCGACGGAGCAGUAUCGCAUUCGUCCCUCCUGGUCAACUACCCGUCGUCGCUGGCAUUAAGGACAAACGUGCUCGCGGUUAGGGCCCGCAUGUGCAGGAACUUCAUGAGACGCUGGGAUUAUAGGGCGUAUCGCGCGGGCAAUUCCCAUGGACUCGCAAUCACAGAUUUCACCCUUCAAAUCGAUGGCGCGCCUCUUCUGUUGCAUCUGCCUUUACACCUCGGGCUAUCUACCGUCCUCUUUGCGCCGUUGUAUCCCUUCUUCGAUCGUCCUCGAGCUGUAUAUCUCAAUAGCGAACAUUCUCUCCCCCAUAGUCGACCUCUUGGCCGGCGCGCUCUUCACAGAACCAUGAAGUUCAUACUGGGAGGAGGUCCCAAGCGGCCCAACUGGGCGAGUCUGCGCAAGUACGUGAUAGGUGAUCAUCCAGACGAUGUCAACGAUGCUUCAGAAUUUGUACUCGUAUCAUACGGGGAGAAGGAAAACAUGAUAGCGCGCGCUCGCGAAGACAAUCUGGUAAUAGUGGACAUCCCUUUCCCCAACGUCGUGUGGCACCUGACCAAGGCCAAGUUGAAAACGGCAAGUGUCAUGCACGACGUCGAAUGGUCAAGUCUAUGGGACGUCGGAGAAGCGCGCUUGAACCUAAGUGCGCACGAAUGCAACGAGAACUGCGCUACGACACCCUGUGUGGCUGUAUUCAAAAAGGUCCUUACCAGGCGUGAAAGGAAUAAGAAGGAUUACGCGAAGCGCUCAAAGAACCAGUCACUGACGAGCUCGUAG